AUGAUUAAAUUUGGAUCAAAUUAUGCUUCAAAAAUAUAGCAUCUAUAUUCAAAUAAGCCAUUCUCUUUUGCAGUAUAAGAAUUAAUUAAUCUAUUAGAUAAUUGGAAGUGGUCCAGCAGGUCUUUAUACAGCUAAACAUUUAUUUAAUGAUAUUGAGAAUAUUAAUAUUCAUGUUUUUGAAUAAGAUAUUUGUCCAACAGGAUUGAUAAGAUAUGGGAUGGCUCCAGAUCAUUAGAGAAUUAAACGAGUAGCAGAAGAACUUUUAACAAUUAAAUAAUAUGAAUAAUGUCAUUAUUUUGGAGGAGUUUCUAUUGUAACUAAGUAUUAAUAAAAAAGGGUAAAGAUAUAAGUAUUAAUGAAUUGGAUCAAAUGUAUUCAGGUGUCUUUUAUGCUUUUGGUGCAUAGAUUGAUAAACAAUUAAAUAUUAAAGGAGAGUAAUUAUAAAAUGUAUAUUCUGCUCGUUAAAUUGUUAAUUGGUAUAAUAGUCAUCCAGAUUAUUAUGAUAUUGAUAUUAAUUUUAAGAAUAAAAAUAAUAUAGCAAUUAUAGGGUGUAAUUAAAUUAUUAAUUUAUAGAAAUGGUAAUGUUGCUCUUGAUAUUGCUAGAAUAUUUGGAUUAAAUUAAGAUGAAUUACAUAAAACUGAUAUUAAUGAGAUAUCUAUAUAAAAAUUAAAGAAUAAUCAAAUAAAUAAUGUAGAAUAAUUUUAUAAUAAUAGAUUAUUAUAUUAGGAAGAAGAGGUUUGGUUUAAUCUUAAUUUUCAUUAAAAGAAUUAAGAGAAAUGACAAAAUUCUCAUAAUUUAGAUUUCUAUUAUAUAAACCAGAUUUACUUUGGAGUUUAAAUGAGGAAAGUCAAACUGAAUGUAAAGAUUUAGGUAUUAAUUAUGGGAAUGUGGUAUAUUAUUUAUAAUGAAUUUAGACAAGAGGGAAUAGAAGAAAAUUAGAAUUUAUGAAAAGUUUUGAAAUAAUUGAAGAUGAAGUUACAAUGAAUGCUAUUUUAAAAUAAUAAAAUAAUAAUGGAAAGAUUAAUAUUAUAUUAAGAUUUUUAUUGACUCCUCUUGAAAUAGAGAAAAAAGAUGAUAAAUUAAAUUUGAAAUUAUAACAUAAUUAAUUAUCAGGGAAACCAUUUAAUUAAAUAGCAAUACCAUUAAAUUAAUAAACAAAUUUAGAAUGUGAUAUGAUUAUUAAAUCAGUUGGUUAUUAGUCUCAUAAGUAUUAUUAUUAUUAAUUAUAUAGUAUUGAUAAUGAUUUACCAUGGAACCAUGAAUAAAAUAUAGUAGAUAAUUCUGAUGGAUGUAUUAAAAAAGACCAUUAAAAAUUGAAAACAGGAUCAUAUACUUGUGGUUGGAUUAAAACAGGUCCUAAAGGAGUAAUUGAUUCUACUUUUGCUUCAUCUUAAGAGACUAUAGUAAAUUUUAAGAAUCAUAUGGAUGCUGAUUUAAUUAGAAAUGUUAAUGAUCCAUAUUAAUAAGUGGUAAAUAUAUUAAGAUAGAGAUCAAUUAAUUAUAUUGAUUUUAAAGUUUGGGAUAGAAUCAAUGAAUAUGAGAUCUAAUAAGGAUAAAAAUAAUAGAAACCAAGAAUAAAAAUAACAAGAAAUAAGGACUUCUUAUAAUUUUUAUGA